ACUUAUCGGGUUGGAGGAAAAAAAUAAUAACGCAGGAGGAAGUGUGUAUGUCAUGCUGGAACACUGAAGAUCUCUGUAACUGGAUUCAUUCAAGCGGUCAAUAUCCAUAUGUCUCCGGCCUCUGGAAUGUUGCUCGACGAAACUCCCCUGUUUGAUCCUUCUCUGCUCCAAGAGCUGGACUGGAGCAGCAACACCGUCUCCUUCUCGCCCCCUAUUUCUCCCUCUCAGCCCGGAGAAGGUCUGGUCCUCCGUCCUCUCUGUACUGCUGACCUAGACCGAGGCUUCUAUAAGGUCUUAUCACAGCUCACAGUGGCUGGGGAUGUUACAGAAGAACAGUUCAAAGGUACUGCAUGUUCCUAAUGCAAAUCACCCCACAGUUCUU